AUCGCACUGCAGGUGGCUAUAUGCGUUUUGAUUGGCUUAUACAAGGGAUGAGGCAUCGGAAACAGAAGAAAACGGUCAUUUGCAUCUUAAUAGCGGUCGGGUGUGUCGUGCUUGUGUCGUGGUUAAUUAAUGAAUUAGGUAUUAUUCAUAAGAAUAAUUAUGAAUUUUGAAAAGCAUUUAAGUGAAUGGGGAUUGUCUUCAUAUAUUGAAAUAUUUCAAGACGAAGGCAUUGACGAUGAAAGCUUUACAUUGUUAGACGAGGAGACCAUUAAUAAGAUAUUUAGUAAAAGUGGACCAAGGCUUAAAUUUAAAAAAUAUUUCUCCAAUUUAACGAACUCUCAAAGUUAUGUGAAUGUUGAAAAUGUUGAAAAUUUUAACCCAAUCUACUCUCAAUCUACUCUAUCUACAUUAUCUGUAGAUACAGGAAGUAGUGAUUCAAUUAUUUUUGAACCAGAUAAUGAUCUGCUUGAAAUAAUUAAGAGACCUUUAGAAGAAAUUUCUACUAAUUCAAUCAUAACAAAAAAAAUUAAAUUAGAUGAUUUUAAUCUGGAAAAUGUUUUAAAAUUAUGUCCAGAAGGGCAAAUUAUUUUGGCGGGUAGGAAUAGACUGAAUAAUGACUUAAGACAGAAAAUUUCAAAAGUUGUUGUAAACCAUCUUAUUAGCCAGGAAGCUUUGAACAAAUCCAAAUUAGAAAUAAAAACUGAACAAUUUAUUGAGGCCGCUAAAGCCAUUGUAAAACUGUUUCCUGGUGAACUUGAGGAAACUUACUUUACUCCAUAUAUAGCAUCAACACACGGUUUAAGAUGUCAACAAGCCCGCGGAAAAUUAUGGUCGCGGUAUAUUAAUCUUAAAGCUGCUUUGAGAAUGUCCAAUUCUCAACAAUUAAAAUCUCCAUCAACGACCACCAAACCAUUAAAUGAAGAGGAGGAAUCUAAACUUACGUUUUUAAAUAGUGCUAUUGAACCAUAUCAUAAAAUUUUGUCGCUAUGGGAAGAUACAUACAAUCUAAGAAAUAAUAUAUACAAAAAUAAAUCUAUUGAAGAUAUUUAUAAGGAUUUUCCCUGCCUUAAAGAGGCAUAUGGAAUCGAACUGUGGCCAGUGGUAGCUGAAGCUAUUGUUAAAGAAGCUAAUGAUAGAAAGUUAUGUGUGGGUUUUGAACUAGAAGAUACAACUUUACAAGCCCUUCAAAUACUUCCGUAUUUAUUUUCAACUAUAACAGUGAUAAAUUCAAAAAAAGGAUUUUGGAGACCCUCUAGAAGCGAGGUCCAAGAAAGUUUUUUUUUAAUUGUCAACAAUUUUGAUGAUAUACAAAAAAAAAUUGAAACAAGAAGAAAAAGGUUAGCUUCGUAUGAAUUGCCACUUCAGCCCUUUGCAGCGGCAAUUAUUAAAGGUGAUAAAUUAGAUUCUUUAUUUAUUUUUAUUAAUAAUGUAUUUUACAAUUGCAAAUCCAGUUUAAGGUGUUUAGAACUAUUGUACAAAGCAUUUUUUGCUCUUAAUUUACAAUAUCCCCCAGAAUGUAAACAUAUUUGGCAUCUUAUUCAAGAAUUGGUUUUUAAAACCAAAUCACCCAAAGCCAGUACAACAGCCUGUGUCAUAUCAGACAUUUUAUCCCAUAUAAAAAAAUAAAAAAAUGCCUUUUUGUAACAUUUGUAACACUCUUUUUACAAAAUCAAAGAGUUUGAUAACUCAUUUAAAAAUUAUCC